AUAUGCCACCAGUACACAUCCGGUGCGUACUAGUACUGCUGUCUGAACUCUUCUUAAAUCUCAGGCUGUUCUAACUUGACAACUUAGCGUCGAUGGCUGCAUUAUGGACCUAUGAUUAUGCUUGUCAACUUCACGAAGAGUUGACGUUCCUGUUUCGAUCGCGCUGGACCAUGGUAAAAGGCCUUUAUAUUAUUACACGAUGUGUCCCAUUUCUCCUCCUCAUCGCGGACCUGUAUUUGUACUUCGCUCCGAUCAAAAACCCCAAUAAAUGUCAGAUAGUGAUUAUUAUCUACUCAUGUUUGAGCGUCAUAUCAAUCGUUUCCUCCGAAUCCUUUUUUGUGCUCAGAACAUAUGCGCUCUGGAAUAAUAACAGAAUAGUACUCGCAGCCAUGCUGUCCGCCUCUUUCGCUGCGGUAGUUGCAUCUGUCGUCAUCUAUUUUGCCACUGCCAACGCCUCACAUGUUACGAUCAGUGCGAUCCCAGGCAUCCGAGGCUGCUACCGGGCCGACGCUGUCAAAGUUUCCAUAAUGUUUAUUCUCUUGCUUGCGUUUCAACUAGGACUCGUCUCCCUCACGAUCAUACGUGCCGUACAGAGCUGGCGGGUUGUCAAUGGCCCUCUGUACGACAUCCUGGUGAAGCAUAAUAUAUUUUACUAUAUAUGUGCUCUGCCUCUCACAGCCGUUAACGUCCUAAUGCAGAUUCUGUUCUCCCAAACUGCAUACCGCUUUGUCUGCGAAGUUCUCCAGUUCUUUGUCCUCGCAAUCCUCGCUACGCGCAUGCACCUUUUUCUUUGGCAGAUCGACCAGCAGACGCAUGGCUCUGAUGGCUUCGUGUACAUUUCUAUGUCCGACAUGUAACCUGCAGAAUGCACGGUCACGACGGUGUGACGUCUCAUCACGUAGUUUAUUCGGCGUCGUUGUGGAGUGAAGUUUGGACUGGACGAGAUCACUCUGAAUCGUGGGAUCACUGGACUUGUUCGGAUGCGCCUAAUUUAUAGGACUACAUUUUUUGUC